UUUAUUAUUAACACACAAAUAGGUAGAAAAUGUAUCCAAGCAACCGAUGUAUAAGAUGUUUUAUCGAUAGUCAGUGCUGUGACCCAUAUCCAGAAGAAUACCCCAACCAAAAGAAAUUUAAGGUGGAGUAUGGCAUCCCCUAAACCUCCGCCACCACCUUCAGGAGGCAUGUGUCCCAGAUUGAGCGUGCGCCAGGGAGCGAUGGCUUUGAGAGGGAUAGCGCGUUUCCUUCACCGAGUCCGACCCCAACACACUGGCGGCGGCGAUUCAAAACAAUCCAAACCGGUCAAAGGGAAAAAAAGCAAACGAAUGGGCGAAAAAGAAAUCUACAAGUGUUCGCCGAAACUUAUCGAGAAGUUGAAGAAGGAUACUUUGUUUACAAGAAAUGAAAUUGAAGCUCUUUACAAGAUUUACAAGAAGCUCGUCACCUUCAAUAAGACCUCAUCGAAAAUCAAUCAAAAAGCUGCAACUUCAGUAAUUACAAGCCCUGUAACAGCUUCAGAGGGUAUCGAUAGGACAGUUUUCCGAGAAGUUCUCCACAACACGUUCGAUAUCGUCACCGAAAACAUGCUGAUGGAUCGAAUUUUUUGCGUUUGGGACAAACCUAACUGCGGCCUGAUAACUUUGGACAGUUGGUUUUCCGGCAUGUCGCUUUUCUUAAAAGGCAACACUACGAAACAAAUCGAAUACUGUUUCGCUGUUUACGAUCUCAACGGCGACGGACACAUUACUAAAGACGAAAUGUUUCAGCUUUUACGAAAUUGUUUGAUUAAAUUUCCACAAGAAGAAGAUCCGGAAGAGAGCGUCAAAGAUUUGGUGGACAUAGUCAUAAGGAAAAUGGACAAGGACAAGGAUGGCAAAGUGUCUUUGGCCGAUUACCAAGAAACUGUAAUUGGUGAACCUUUGCUGUUGGAAGCUUUUGGACGGUGUCUACCAACUGAGAAAUCGAAAAUUACUUUCUUGACUACUUUGAGAUUCUGAAUUGUUGUGAUUUACUGAUAUAGAAUUUGCCAUUAUGAGAAAUAGAAAAUUUAGAAAUUGAGUUUUUGCUUGAGUCUUCAGGAACUAAAAAACAAACCAUUUAUUACCUACCCACAAU